AUGCAUAUGGCCAUGCUGUGGGUUUUCAAGUGGUAUCUUGGGGUGAAAGUUAUUGAACCAGGGGUUGAUAAAUUUGGAAUUUCUUUUAAUAAGGCACGAAAGUACAACCUUUCCUUUGGUUUUGACAUGUGGCAUCUUGAGUUGAUUACAGGACUUGUAGUUUUAAUAUCAUCAUGUCGCUAUUUGCUAUUGAAGACGUGGCCAGAUUUUGCUGAGUCUAGCGAAGCAGCCAAUCAGCAGGUCCUUAGCUCACUUCAGCCUUUGGAUUAUAUUGUUGUUGCAUUUUUGCCUGGUAUUAGUGAGGAACUACUUUUCCGAGGAGCGAUUCUUCCACUUUUGGGAAUGAACUGGAAUAGUAUUGCGAUUGCUGCCUUGAUUUUUGGUGUUUUACACCUAGGCAAUGGUCCAAAUUAUUCCUUUGCCAUCUGUAUGAACAAGACGGAAAGCCACUACCUAAGUUCGGGGAAUGGGAUGUGAAUGAUCCUGCCUCAGCUGAAGGAUUCACUGUUAUAUUCAAACCAUCGUUGCAGAGCCUUCUCAAACCAUCGUUGUAGCUUCCAGUUAUUAACACGU